AUGUAUUUCAUUUAUGCAGGUGUCAUCUGCUCUACAUCGCCCCCUGCUGCCAUGGACAACGUUCCCAGGAGGUGGGCGCUGAAGCCUUUGUCCCCCCUGCUGCAUCCGUCCGACCCACGGAACCUGGCGGCUCCAAGCAAUGGGGAAGAUCAUUUAAUGGCCACCGACAGUCUGAUUGACUCCCCCCUGCAGGAGGAUGAGUUCAGGGAGAUGGUGGUCCAGGCCUGCCUGGUCCACUCGUCGCAGGAUGGCGACGACAGCAGCGAUUUGUACUCCGGCAGUCCCGGCAGCAGCUCAGGCUCCCACAGCGGAUUCUACUCCUUCGUGGAAGACCCGACCAGCCCGGAAGCGGAGCUGAACGAGGCGUGGAUGGUCUCGCCUCAGCGGCAGGUGCAUCUCACCACCCUGAAGGAGGACAAGGCCUUCAAAGUGCAGACGUACAACAGCGGCAGGAAACCGGAGAGUAUGUUUUCAGAGUCCGAGUCUCAGUACACACUCCAGCCGGAAGACCCCUGUAGAGCAUUUGGGGAGGAAGAAGAGAAGCAACUGAGGAAGGACAUAAUUCGGACGCAAGCCCCAAAGAAGAAGUCGAUGUCCAAGCUAAGCUUGCUGGAGGAGGAGGAUUGUAGUACAUCUACAAAUAAGCCGACGCAAAGUUUCGGUGUGAGCUACAGUGCGGUCGGGCUAGAACCCUGCCGCCCUGUCGACCCCGAAACAAUCAUCAGGGAGCAGAUAAACUUCGGUGCAGCGCGACAGCAGUUCCUGAAGCUUGAGCAGAAUAUGCAGAAUCCCCCCGUCCUGCCUUCCAAGUCAAGUGUGUCCUGGAAGGUGGAGGGAGAUGACGCAAAAAGGUCAGAACCAUCCGGUAAAGGAAAAACCUCAGUGGACAGGAGAACAACUGAGAAUGACCUCAAUGAUGAACACUUCUUUAAGGAGGACUCGCUGGUGGACGAGGUGUUUCCUGAAAGCAUACAACAAGAUAGAAGGAAAGUUAAGUUCCGCCUCGAGACCCCGAUUGAGCAGGAGAUCCGCUUAGUUCAGGAACGUGAGGAGAACCUCCGACACACGCGAGGCCUAAAGCAUAGUGAGGGAGGCUCAGAGUUGGUGGAGAUACGAGCCAAGCAUCAAUCACCGCAAACCUAUGUCAAGGCCACAAAGAAGAAGCACGUGGGCUUCAUUGUUCAGGAACACAACCCGAAGAAGAACCAUAAGCAGCAAGGCCGAGAUCCACCGAAGGUAUUUUCAGACACUAAGGAGGAUGUGCAGAACUUGCAGGACCCAGAAGUCUCUCUGUCCUCCUGUUGUCCUGAUGAAACAUUUUACACCUGUCCAUCCUGGACCAGAAUUCAUUCUUGGAGGGACAACCAGGAGUCUACUGGCCUACAUUGUGGGAAAAAAGGUGCCCAGAAUUUUAUUGAGAAGGAAAUCCAAGAGGCUCUGCAACGAGAGCAGGAGCUUCGCCAGUUGAGAGAGUCUAAAAAGUCGAAAGAGUUCGGAGAGUACAGAGUCAAUAGUGAGUCUGGUGAAUACGGAGUGUUUGGAAAAUCGAGAGAGCAUGGACAGUCCAGAGUGUUCGGAGUAUCCAAAGUGUCCGGAGAGUUUGGAGAAUCCGAAGGGUUCCGAGAUUCCGGAGUGUCCAGAGUGUUUGGAGAGUCGAGAGAGCAUGGAGAGUCCGGAGUGUCCGGAGUACCCAGAGUGUCUGAAGAAUCCGGAGAGUUCCAAGAGUCUGGGGUGUCUGGAGAGUCAAGAGAGCAUGGACAAUUCAGAGUCUCCGGUGUAUCCAAAGUGUCCGGAGAGUCUGGAGUGUCCAGAGUGUUUGGAGAGUCGAGAGAGCAUGGAGAGUCCAGAGUGUCUGGGGUACCCAGAGUCUCUGAAGAGUCAGCAGAGUUCCGAGAGUCUGGAGUGUCUGGAGAGUCGAGAAAGCAUGGACAAUUCAGAGUCUACGGAGUAUCCAGAGUGUACAGAGAGUCUGGAGAGUUCCCAGAGUCUGGAGUGUCUGGAGAAUCAAGAGGGAAUGGAGAGUCCAGAGUGUCCGGAGUACCCAGAGUGUACGGAGAGUUUGGAGAGUCCGGAGAGUUACGAGAGUCUGGAGUGUCCAGAGUGUUUGGAAAGUCGAGCGAGAAUGGAGAGUCCACAGUGUCCGGAGUGCCAGGAGAGUCUAGAGAGUCCAAAGAGUCAAUAACACCCAGAGAGCCAGGAGGGUCCUGUCUCUUCUCUCCAGCCCCUCUGGUGGUGCAGGCCCCCACGAUGACUUCCAACCAGAUUUACCUGACAAAAAACUCAGGGUCCUGUUCCUCCCUGUCCUCGUUGACCACCUCCCACGCCCCGCCCCCCUCCAAGGGCCUGACGGAGACGCUGCUGCGGGGCCUUGAGGAGCAACGAUUGAGACUCCAGUUGGACGAGAGCUCGUACGCCGGGAUCCAGCCCGUCGAUGACAUCAACAACCAGGUGGUGGAGUCCACGCGAGUAAUUCGCCAUAAAAACCAGCGAGCUCUACGCUGGGAGGCGGGGGUCUUUGCCAACCAACUGGACCAGUGAGAAGAUCCAGAUCCACGUACUGAGUACAGGUCCAGGUCACUGGUUCUGAGUGGGUGAAAUGGUUGGUGUGUGCGUCAGGAGAGGACAUGGAGCAGAUCCCUGGCAUUACUGGAUGGUGAUGAGGAUGAUGGAGCUCAAAAUGAACGCUGAUCAGUUUCUUCAAUCACAAAAGAACAUGUUCACUGUUUCCAUGGCAACAUGCUGGUUAGCCUCCAGGGAGGAGGUGUUUGUGUGUGUGUGUGUGUGUGUGUGUGUGUGUGUGUGUGUGUGUGUGUGUGUGUGUGUGUGUGUGUGUGUGUGUGUGUGUGUGUGUGUAUAUCAAAGCGCCUUAUCGCCAUCAGCACUGUUUCCAUGGCUACUGCAUGAUGAGCCCAAAGUUGCAGGACAUAAGGUAGCUUUUGUGUUUUAGACAUAGAAUAAACUUUAGCACACA